UCUUCCCUCUCUCCCGUCACAAUCUGAUGAGUUGGGUAAGAAGUCUUAUCUCGCCAUAGGAUGACCUCCACGUCCACCAUUAAUCCCACGUUCCCCAUCUCCAACUCAACGAUUAUGUUAUAAUAAGAACAACAACAAGAAGUAGUAGUAGUGGAUAUGGUGAAGGGAGGAGGAGGAGAAGGAAUGAGAGUGCUGGGGAAGUACGAGUUGGGGAAGACGCUCGGCGAGGGAAACUUCGGCAAGGUCAAGUACGCUCUCCACGUCGACUCCGGCCAUCCCUUCGCCAUCAAGAUACUCGACCGCCGUCGAAUCCAAUCCCUCAAAAUUACCGACCAAAUUAAGAGGGAGAUCGCCACCUUGAAGCUCUUGAAGCAUCCCCACGUCGUCAGGUUAUAUGAGGUCUCAGCGAGCAAAACUAAGAUUUACAUGGUCCUUGAAUAUGUUAAUGGGGGCGAGUUGUUUGACAAAAUUGCGUUGAAGGGAAGGCUCCCAGAACGUGAAGGGAGGAAGCUCUUCCAGCAGCUGAUUGAUGCUGUAAGUUACUGCCACGAUAAGGGUGUCUACCACAGAGACCUGAAGCCAGAAAACGUUCUUGUCGAUGCGAAAGGGAACGUCAAAGUAUCUGAUUUCGGCCUCAGUGCUUUACCACAACAUUUGGCUAAUGAUGGCUUGCUGCACACAACCUGUGGAAGCCCCAACUACAUUGCUCCUGAGAUCCUUUCAAAUAGAGGCUAUGAUGGUGCAAGAUCAGAUAUAUGGUCUUGUGGUGUCAUCCUAUAUGUUAUUCUGACAGGAUCUCUUCCGUUUGAUGACAGAAACCUUGCUGUACUGUAUCAGAAGAUUGUUAGGGGCGACACAAAGUUUCCUAAAUGCCUCUCGCCUGGUGCUCAAGACAUCCUAAGAAGAAUCCUUGAUCCAUGCCCUAUCACAAGGAUAAAUGUUGCUGGGAUCAAAGAACAUGUUUGGUUCAAGCAAGAUUACACUCCUACUGUCCCCAUUGAUGAUGAAGAGGAUUCGUGUCUUGAUAAUGCAUCUUGUCCAGUCAAAGAGCAUGAUGAGCCAGAAGACAGUGGAAAUACACCUACCCACAUCAAUGCAUUUCAACUGAUUGGAAUGUCUUCCUCUCUUGAUCUUUCUGGUUUUUUUGAGAAAGAGGAUGUCUCGGAGAGGAAGAUCAGGUUCACAUCAAAUCAUUCACCGAAAGAAUUAUAUGAAAAGAUUGAGGAUAUUGUUACUGAAAUGGGGUUCCAAGUCCAAAAAGGACAUGGCAAAUUGAAAGUAAUUCAAAAGUGCAAGGCCUCCAAAAGCCCCACUAGGCCUGAAUCGCUUUCAGUGUCUGCUCAGGUGUUUGAGCUCAGUCCAUCUUUGUAUGUUGUGGAAUUAAGAAGAUCACAUGGAGAUUCUAUGCUGUACCGACAGUUGUGCACAAAGCUAUCAAAUGAUUUGGGAGGCUGCAAAAGCCACCUUAUAUGUAAAGCAGAGUCCAUGCCAGACCUCAACAAUUUUGAAGGAGAUGUUCCUGUUUCUACCCUUUGUUUGAACUAGAUGAGUGGGAAUUUUACUCCACCCCUUUUAUGUGCAAAACAAGCUUAACAGAACUUGUGUAAAAGGGCCCUUCGUGGAAGUUUGUUGUGAAGGAUCCUAUCCAAGUCGCCCUUCAAAGAAGUUCUGAAUUCAAGAAGGUUGCUAUUCUUUUAGUAACUCUGCGAGUUAGCAAAUCAUUUCUGGCAAUUGAACAACAAAGCGAGAAAGUAUAUAUGAAUCUUUUUCAAAGUUUGUUAGUAAUUCAAGGAGUGAGUGAGACCAUAACAUUGAGCACAGUUUCAGUGAUAAUUGACCUGUUGUUGAU